ACUUUUAAAAAAAAAUCUACAAAAUAGAUUGAAUGUGUGUCUUCAACAUUAUUGAAUGGCUUAUAUAGAUCCAGGCAAAGUCUUGUGGGCACAGAUUUCACAUUGUCCUGGCCGAAGCCCAGUGGAGCUCAGCUCAUUUUGAGAUCAGAACAGAAUGCAGGGUGUUUGCUGAUCUUAUCUGCCAGACCCAGAUUCUUAAUACAGCGGUACGUAUCCUCCAACCAUCUGCUUGGGUAAAGCAACUAUUUCAUUUGAUUCAAACAUCAAGCACAAUUUACAAAGAAUGUAACCUCUCUGUUUAUAUUACCCCAUCUAGGUGACUUUGAUGUCUGCAUUAGCUGUGCUGUGAAACAGUGAGCGGUGCUGGAAACUGAUGGAUGCGAGGCUGAUUUGCAUAACAAUGCCCAACUCUUAAUGCCCAACACACAGGCACCCACACACAUACACACACAUGCCCCGCCUACAUUCUGAUCAAGAGCACCGUUUUAGUGCUUAUUAAUGUGGCAAAAUAACACGCACACACACUUUACUGUCCUCAUUUUACCAAUGGAGCUGCCACUGCUCUAUUUAUCCAGUAGACAUGGAGGAAACUGGAGGAGUCAGUUAAAAAUGGCACUGUGAGGAUAGAGGAAACAUUGUCAUUUAGGUUGAACAGCAUGGAAAACACCUCAGAAUGGAGCAACAAUUCACUGGACUCGGAUUUUGAAGCUUGUGCCACAUUGAGGAGCUUUGGUUCACGAGUCGCCCUCUAUCUCUUCAUCAUCACAGGGAUCCUCUGCACCGUGGUGGGAAACUUCCUGGUGGUUCUCGCCAUUGCGUACUUCAAACAGCUGCAGUGCCCUACUAACUCUUUCGUCAUGUCUCUAGCAGUCGCUGACUUUCUUGUGGGCCUGGUGGUCAUGCCUUACAGUAUGGUCAGAACAGUUGAAGGAUGUUGGUAUUUCGGCCCAACCUUCUGCCAUCUUCACUCCAGCUUGGAUGUUAUGCUCUGCACAGCCUCCAUUUUCCACCUGAGCUGCAUUGCUUUUGACCGCUACUAUGCUGUCUGCAACCCACUGGUGUAUUCCUUUAAGAUGUCUCGCAAGCGCGUUGGUUUGCUGAUUGUGGUUUGCUGGGCCAUUCCUUUUCUCAUAUCAUUUGGUCCUAUUCUCUUCGGGCUGCACAAGCUUGGUGUGGAUAUUCCUUUACCUGAGAACAUGUGCGUCUUCUUAGUGAACCGUAUUUAUGCCGUGAUGGCGUCGCUUGUUGCGUUUUACCUGCCUAUGGUGACCAUGUUGGUGGCCUAUUGGAAGAUCUACAAAGCAGCCAAACGGCAAGCCAUGCAGAUCAGCGCGAUGGAGGCACAGAUGGCAGCAGGUGUGGGCAAAGACUCGAGUAAGAAACAAAAACAUCGCAACUCCAUAAGGAGAGAGAGAAAAGCUGCCAAAACGCUAGGGAUCAUCAUGGGGGUUUUCCUUCUUUUCUGGCUGCCCUUCUUCACUGUUAAUAUCAUUGACCCAUUCAUCGAGUAUGGGACAGCGGUUGUGAUAUGGGAUGUUUUUCUGUGGUUGGGGUACAUUAACUCCUCGCUAAAUCCUUUUCUCUAUGGCUUCUUCAACCGGUCGUUUCGGCGAGCUUUCCUCAUGAUCAUGGGAUGCAGAAUUUGUCUGCAUGGCUCAGCUCAAGGAAUGGACCUUUCUCACUCUAAAAGAGAUGGCAAUGAGCGCACAGACAACUAGUCUGUCGUAGCAGAAGUUUGUUUGAGAGAAAUGUUCCACAGUGGUUUCUUUCCAGUUCAUACAGGUCAACAGAAAAUAUUCCAAAUAUUGUACUGAAAUUAUUGGGGGAAAGUGUGUGUAUGUAUGUAUGUGUAUGUGUUUACAUAUAUAGACAUGCACAGAAAUUCAGCAUUGGCUCUUUCUGUAUAGUUAGUGCUAAACUGC